UUUUGGCAAUCAUUUUUGAAAUAUAUUUAGCACGUAAUUUUUUGUUAAAAUUAACCUCCAUUUUGGACUCACGAGUGUUCGUGGACUUUAUGUAUUUUUAUUUGUAUUAUUUAUUUAAAGUUCGAUUGAUAAAUCAUUCAUCACUAUCGUCACUGAUACUAACCUCGGUAUACGUUGAUAGGUUAUGGUCUUUGCCAUGCCACACUGUACGAGUAAUUUCGCAUGGUAUCUUGGAAAGUUUGUUUUAGGAUUCGCCGGAAUUCUUUUUCUUUAUCUUGGUUUUGUAAACGAGAAAGACGUUACGUGCAUCUGUAAAGCAAGAGGCCGAGAAGCAGCGCGAAACAAUGGCGCUGGAGAUCCACAUCGAUGUCUAUGCAGAAAGGGAUUUCGUACGACCAAAACUUAUGCUUGCGGCUGUACAAGGCGACUUCUCAGUUCCAAGUCUGACGUCAGAUGCACUGAGAAAUUCAAACCGGAAUCUACUGCAGAAGACGGAUGCUGUUGUACCAGAAGAAGAGCUUAAAAUUAUUAUGAAAACCAAACCGUUAUCAUCCCAAAGAAAAACGGUCCACCUUCUAUAAACGAUGAAAAAAGAAUAAAAGAAUAUAUUCGAAAAAAUCUAAAAUAGCGUGGUAAAAAAAAAGAAGAAACGUAAAGACUUCAAAAGUUCAUCAAAGAAAAUUCGCACCUGUCGUCCAUAAGAUUUUUCACGUGACUCAAGAUCCGUAAAAACAAAAGUGCCUUAGUGACGAUAAAAAAGAAACGUCUUGUUUCAAAUCACGUAAGGUCGUCUACAAAGGAUUCGAAAUAACGAAAACCGUUACAAGAGAAAAGAAAACGCAGACGAAAGCCGUCGGUCUUUACGUAGAAAACUCGUUAUUAAACAGUCGUUAGUAUCUCACAUACGUUUCAGCCGGCAGUUUAUUCGUAGCGGUACGAAUAAAAGAAAACGUCGAAGUCAACGAAGAAGCAGAACGCCGUAAAAAUUCAAAAGUCAAUUAAUACGCGUCUUGUUACCGCUUGACGCGUCUAUAACUGGAAUCACGUUGGAAACAACAUCACUCAUAUUCAUACGUUAUUCUGUCUCAACUCUUCGAAGAUGGCUAGUCGGCUAUAUGCUCCUCCUUUUUGCUAACGAGACGACCGCGGCUACUAUAAUAGUAUACACCGAACUGCCAAGUCGCAUUGAAAGAGACAGAUUAUUUAUUUCCUUGACGGUUUCGGAUCGUCGCGAAGCAAGAUGGCGACCAACGGUCACUGGCAGACGAAGCCGUACACGAUGUGAAAAAUAAGUAGAGAUAAAAAUUAACACGUAAGAAAAUUUCCAUUGAAUUUCACAUCGCAAGUAAUAUCAAUUAAUUAAUACAUCAACAUGAACAUUUCGAGUAACAAGAAAUAUGGCAAAAGCACUCGGACUGUUUGAAUGCCCAGCAUCGUGCUUUUAGGUUAAUUUCUUUUUCUUUUGAUAAUUACACAACGAGUAAACUCGUUCCUUUAUUUUCUUUCAUAUCUGCCGGUUAAAAUCUCUCAAUGGCGAGCCUUGUUGAGGUAAACACUGCAGCUGCAUCACAUUGCCUUUUGCAUCUUCUUCGUCCCAAAGAUUUUGCUCGCAUUCCACGAUAUGCAAAGCGACACGCGCCGUUACUCACAGCCACGGAGUCGGCAAUCCGCGCGUCAACGAUGUGGAUGAAUAUUUCGAAAUGAGUACGAAGAUGCUAAACGAGGGAACUGUCAGACUGUCACUUUGGCACAGGAGUGACAAGCGCCCAGUUUCUCAACGUUUGCGAGUCCCUCGAGAGAUGAAAACGCGCUCCAAUCUAUUUUCACGGCUACAAUUAUUUCUCCUUCAGAAACGCAUUUGAGUAUCGGGCACAAUUUCUCCAUGAAACAAAGUAACAGACGUGAGCCGCGACAUUCAUUAAGUUCUAUAAUACAAAAUUAGACUUACUGUUAAAUAAUUUCUAAUUAUAAUACAACAAAGUCAAAAAUGAAUAACAGCUCGAACUGUCAACUUAAAAAAUACUUAUUAAUAAUCCUCAAGAUCUGUGAUCAGUGUAUUCUAACCAAAAACAUUCGUUUAUUCGCACUGUUAUACUAGACUUAAAUGUAAAAAGCAUUAAAAACUAUGUAAAAUUAAAAUCCAUAUUUAUACUGACUAAUUGUAAAUAAUUUAAAUGAUAAGUACAUUUAAAGCUAUCUCGAGCACAAGAAUUUAUCUGAAGCUUAGAAGAUAAUGAGACCAAAGAAAUAAAAUCAAGUUUAAUUAUUUCAA